CGGUGUCUACGCUAUGUUGUUGCAAAUGUACCUGUGAUUAUCCGCUAGCAAGCUGCCCAACGUUUCUCCUCUAAAAAUGUCUAAAAUAGAGUUUUUGAGAGUGUUUCUCAACCAGAGAUUGACAAUGGCAGCUGAGGAGAUAUUCGGCGUCGUUGAAGAAACAAUAGCAGAGUACCAGGAAGAGAACAGCCGUCUGCGUAGCAUGCUGGAUAUCGUUAUUAAACCAGAUAUACUAUUACACAGAAUAGACAUCCAACAGCCCACUCACCCUGUAUCUGAAAAGGAGGUUCUCCCUGAGCAGCAACACUGUGAGCAGGAGUGGAGCCCCAGUCUGGGGCAGGAAGACCCACAUUACAUACAGAUAAAAGAGGAACCAGAGGAACUAGAGUCAUCUUUGAAAAAUGACUCCAACCACCAGGACCUGACUCAGUCCUCACUUCUUUAUGAAACCCAAAGUGAAGACUACGAAGAGACGUACUGUCUUCCCAGCACAUCGACUGCACAGAGGAACUACUCUCUACACAGCACCUCCACUGAACAGAACAUGAUACAGAUCAAACCAGAACUUGAUGCAGAAGACAAUGGAGUAUCUUCUGCAGCUCAGAGUAAAAACAUGAAAUGUGUCAAAGGGGUAGAGAGUAGACCUCUUUCAGAUUCAAAGCAACUUAAAUCAAAGAGAUCACAGACAGUAAGAAAACAAAGUGCCUAUAUCCACUGUAAAUUUUGUGGAAUGUAUUUCUCCUACUUAGCUUCUUUAGUGAAUCAUGCAAGAAAGCAUGCACAGGACAAAGAAUGUCUAUGUGGUGUGUGUGGAAUACACUUCGAGUCCACAGAAAGUAUGUUAGAUCAUAUAGAAACCCACGUUGGAGCUAGAGUUUGUCAUGUUUGUGGUACAUUUUUCCCUGGGAGUGCUGAGCUGAAUGAUCAUAUGAAGGUUCACCCAGGGGAGAAAUCGUUUCGCUGUCCUGAUUGUGGCAAGUGUUUCAGAAAAAAUCCAGAUCUCACAGCGCACAAGAGGAUUCAUACAGGGGAGAGACCGUACCGCUGCCAGUUUUGUGGCAAAGGAUUCAGUCAGAGUGGAAACCUGGCUGUGCAUAUGAAGAGCCACUCUGGGGAGAAACCGCAUUGCUGCCCUGUUUGUGGGAAAUGUUUCAGCAGUAAAUCUUAUAUGAACACACACAUGAAGAUUCACACAGGGGAGAGGCCAUUUUGCUGUCGUUUAUGCGGAAAAUGUUUCAUAAGAAACCCUGAUCUGACAGUUCACAUGAGGACUCAUACAGGGGUGAAACCAUAUAAGUGCCAAUAUUGUGGCCAAGGAUUCAAGCAGAAUUAUCACCGGAAACUGCACAUGAAGAUCCACUUGGGAAAAACCAUAUCAUUGCCAUCUUUGUGACAUGUAUUUCAGCACUAGCACCCAGUCAACAGGCAUGAGAUUUCACAUGGAAGAGAAGGCGCCACUGCCAUGACUGGCAGAGGCUUUGCAUAAACUGGAAGUUUGGGAAUACAUAAUGACAAUGCACAGAAUACUUUAGUGUAGAAAAUACUGACUGUAGACCUUGUUUGUGAUACAUGUUUCACACAGCCGCUUUAUUGAGGAACGUUUUUACUUGCAGUGACUGUUAAUAUGUGGUUGUUUUACCUGUUUUGAAUACACUGACUAAGUCACUCUGGGUAAGUGUCAACUAAAUGACCAAAAUGUAAAUGCAAGAAAUUAAAUUGACACAGGAGAGAAACCGUGUCAUUGUUUUAUAAAAAACAUACAUAAGGCAAUGAUUGCUGCUAAAUGCUUAAAAUGGAUGAACUCCCCUAGAAGAUUCUUGUGAAUCAACAUUCACAAGAGGGAGAAAACAUAAUGACAACCCGACAAAAUACCUCAUGACAACAUGGCAGUUGUUCCAUAUAGGGAGAGUCUUUCAGACAA